AAUACAAUUUUAUUUUCACAAUAUGUUACUUACAAGAAGUACAUGGGGGCUAAUGCACUUCUUGUUCAAAUGGAUCAUGUUCUUGCUUUCGGUCUAUAUAUCCACACUUCCUCUCUCAUCCACCCCAUACCCAUUUCUAGAGAGAGAAACAAAAUCCCAACAAACAUCAAUCCAAAAUCCAAAUCAAAUUUAACAAAACCCUAGCUGAAUACAUACUUUUCACCCCCAUUUCUUAAUCUCUCCCUCCCCGUUUGUUUUCCUUGGAUCAUGUACUACAACUUCUUUCUCUAAAGCCAAUCGGAGCCAUGACAAGGCGCUGCUCUCAUUGCAGUAACAAUGGCCACAACUCCCGUACCUGUCCUAAUCGAGGUCUGAAGCUGUUUGGGGUUCGAAUUACGGAUGGAUCCAUCCGUAAAAGUGCUAGUAUGGGUAACUUGACCCACUACACCGGAUCCGGAAGCGGCGGCGGCGCUUUCAACAGUCUAUCCGGCGGCGGCGGCGGCACAGACCUGGAUUCUCCCGGAGACACGCCGGAUCAUAACGCUGCUGCUGACGGCUAUGGCUCGGAAGACUUCGUGGCUGGGUCAUCUUCUGGUCGUGAAAGAAAAAAAGGUGUUCCCUGGACAGAGGAAGAACACAGGAUGUUUCUACUGGGGUUGCAGAAGCUGGGGAAAGGUGAUUGGCGUGGGAUUGCUAGGAACUAUGUGAUUUCAAGAACACCGACUCAAGUUGCAAGCCAUGCACAGAAAUAUUUUAUCAGGCAAACCAAUAUGUCAAGAAGAAAAAGACGGUCUAGCCUCUUUGAUAUGGUUCCGGAUGAUCCCCUUGAUGCUGGCAUGAAUAUGAUGGGUUCCCAAUCCCAUGAUGGAGAGACUCAAUCUGUGGACAACCCUAAAGUGCGUGUUCCUACAGUGGAGGAAAAAGAAGAAGUGGAAGAAGAAGAAGAAGAAGAAGUUGAUGAUGACGACGAAUGUGAAUCAAUGGAUUCUGCCAGCUCAAACAUUGUGGAGCCGGGGAUGAAGUUGGUGCAAGAGGCACACUACUGUUACCCUGCUGCCAUGUUUCCAGCUUAUUAUGAGUUCAUACCGGUUGCUAUUCCCUUUUGGGGUGGGCCCGCACCAGCUAAAACAGAGUCUCAUGAGGUUCUUAAACCCACAGCAGUCCACUCCAAGACCCCCAUCAAUGUGGAUCAGCUUGUAGGUUUAUCCAAACUCAGUUUAGGGGACUCAAUCGGUGAUGCUGGCCCCAAUUCAUUGAAGUUGCUGGGAAGUUUAAGUAGGCAGUCUGCAUUUCAUGCCUCUUCUUCCUCUUCUUCUUCUUCUGAAAAUAAUAAUAAUAAUAAUAAUAAUACUAAUCCAAGAACAAGUUCUGGUAGCAUGGCGGCCCAUUCAUGCACUGUAGGAGGUUGA